AUGGAGAACGCUAUCUCCCGUAUCCUUACACUAUCCGACCGUGUCCCAUUUAGAAGAGUGUUGAAAAUACUAUGGGCGAAUCCUAGACGACGCAUUGCCACUACGGCAGGCCUUGUCGCCACAUAUCUUGUCCUGGUGGCUUGUUUACGGUUUCAGAGACUACGGAGACUGCAUCGUCAGUAUCGGCAAUACUCGACCCGUCAAGGGAUGGCCUACAUGACCGACCAUGAUGCCUGGGCCAUUCAGAAACAGGUUCUCCAACUCGAGUUCCCCACGAUAUCCCUGAAGGCUCUACAGUUUGCGCUCUUCCGAACAUAUGGCAUCCCCACUAUUUCCAAACUGUUACUCAAGACGUCCCAAUUUUCCGACCCAGCCACCUCAUUCAAGCGUUAUGCCGACACCGGUGCUCUCAUCGGCCAGUUCAUGUCCUUUGAGCCAACCUCUGACCGUGCCCUUACGGCGAUCGCGCGAACAAAGUUCCUGCACACCGGCUAUCGGACCAGCGGUAGCAUUCUCAAUUCGGACAUGCUAUACACCCUGAGUCUGUUUGCGACUGAGCCAAUCCGCUUCGUGGAGAUGUUCGAAUGGCGCUCCAUGAGCGACCUCGAGCGAUGUGCUAUCGGCACGUAUUGGAAAAAUCUAGGAGAUGCACUUGAGAUCGACUUCACAGAGUUGCCAUCCGCGAAGAUGGGAUUCCGGGAUGGACUACAUUUUCUUGACGAGAUGACCGAAUGGAGUCAUCGAUACGAGGAGCAAUACAUGAAGCCUAGCCCGGAAAACAAGGCCGUCGCGGAUAAGACCAUGGAUGUCCUGGUCUAUGCAUUGCCGGCUGGGUUGAAGGGUGUUGGCGUUAACUUUGCAUCAUGUAUGAUGGAUGAAAGACUACGGGUGGCAAUGAUGUAUGACGCCCCUGCUCGCCUAUACUAUGCCAUCUUCUUCUCUCUGGUAGCCAUUCGCCGGUUCUACCUUCGAUAUCUGUCGCUACCACGGCCGAGGUUCCUCCGACUGGAUGUGUUUUCCGAGGGCUCCAAUGAGCACGGUCGCCACUACGUGAGUACCUGGAGUGGAGCACCGUACUAUGUUAAGCCUACCCUAUCGAAUCGCUGGGGUCUGUCUGCGUGGUUUAUGCGGUUGUUGGGCCUACCACUGCCUGGAGAUGAGGGAGAAAAGUACUAUCCCAAGGGAUUUGACACAACCGAACUGGGGCCUAAAUAUUUCGAGGGGAAAGGGCGCAAAACAGUCCAAGAGUAUUAUGCUCAAUUGGUGAAAUCCAGGAAAGCAAGGCCAUUUGUGGAUUAA